AUGAGUGCCCAGGCAUAUUACGAGCUUUAUCGCGGCAGCAGUAUUGGCUUGUCCCUCACGGAUACCCUUGAUGAUUUGAUCAACGAGGGGCGAAUCGAACCUCAGCUUGCGAUGAAGAUACUGUCAAAUUUCGAUCGCGUCAUUACAGAGGUCCUUGCUGAUAAAGUUAAAGCCAGGCUCUCUUUCAAGGGCCAUUUGGAUACCUAUCGCUUCUGUGACGAGGUCUGGACGUUCCUCAUUAAAGAUGCUACCUUCAAGCUCGAUAAUCAGACCACUGUUCAUGCGGAUAAGGUGAAAAUUGUGAGUUGUAAUAGCAAGCGCCCGGGUGAGGUAUGA